GCCUCUUCGACGACUUAGCCCGCGACGCGACCACCGACUCCGUCCGCGUACGGCACCUUCCCCCACCGCGGAACCCUCCUCGCCGAGCCGGUGGGGGAAAAAAUCAACGCGAGUCGGCGGGAGGCAACCGCCGCGAGCGCCGGAGAUGGCGUUGGCGGCGUCCCCGCCGCGGAGGCGCCUCCCUUGCCUCCUCCUCGUCGUCCUCCUGGCGCUGUCCGCCGGGCUGCCGCGGGGCGGGGCGGUGGGGCUGAAGGUGCCGUUCAGCCCCCGGGACGUGCUCCCGAUCCUGCCGCGGCAGGUGGCGUGGCCCGUGAUGAACACGCUCCACAGCGCCGUCGACCUGCUCCCGUCCUUCGUCGCCGCCGUGGCGCCCGGGGCGCCGUCUCCCGCCGCGUGGAGCGGCGCGUGCUUCGCUGAGAACGAGGCCGCGAUCGAGCUCACCCCCGGCGAUCGCAACGGGACCGAUGUCGGCGGCGCCGUCCUCCGCCUCAAGACUGCUUCAGCUCAAAGCUGGACAUGCAUGGAUCUAUAUGUGUUUGCGACACCGUAUAGGAUAACAUGGGAUUAUUAUUUUGCUGCUCGGGAACACACUUUGGAGAUUAAAUCAUGGGAAGAAAAGGCAGAACUAGAAUAUGUGAAGCAGCAUGGCAUCUCUGUUUUUCUCAUGCCAUCUGGGAUGCUCGGAACUUUGUUAUCUAUGAUUGAUGUCUUACCUUUGUUUUCAAACACUGCCUGGGGUCAACAUUCCAACCUGGCCUUUCUAGAGAAGCAUAUGGGAGCUUCAUUUGAGAAACGUUCCCAGCCUUGGGUUGCUAAUAUUAGAAAGGAGGGUAUACAGUCUGGUGACUUUUUGGCUCUAUCAAAGAUCCGAGGUCGAUGGGGUGGGUUUGAGACAUUAGAGAAAUGGGUGACUGGUGCAUUUGCUGGGCAUACUUCGGUUUGCUUAAAAGAUGAGAAGGGAGAUCUCUGGGUUGCAGAGUCAGGCUAUGAAAAUGAGAAGGGAGAAGAAGUUAUUGCUAUAGUUCCUUGGGAUGAAUGGUGGGCCAUGGCACUCAAGGAUGAUUCAAAUCCUCAGAUAGCCCUUCUGCCAUUACACCCUGAUGUACGUGCCAGAUUCAAUGAAAGUGCUGCAUGGGACUAUGCCCGGAGCAUGGCUGGAAAGCCUUAUGGCUAUCAUAACAUGAUAUUUAGCUGGAUUGAUACGAUAGGAGAUAAUUAUCCACCUCCUCUUGAUGCUAACCUGGUAAUGGCUGUUAUGUCAAUGUGGACUAGAUUACAGCCACUUUAUGCCGCAAACAUGUGGAAUGAGGCCCUUAACAAACGACUUGGUAGUGAGGGUUUGGACCUUCAGGGGAUCAUCAUGGAGACUGAAAGACGCGGAAUGUCUUUUGAUCAGUUGCUCACCAUACCUGAGCAAGACGAAUGGGUAUACAGUGAUGGUAAAUCAACCACCUGCGUUGCCUUCAUUCUUGCAAUGUACAAGGAGGCUGGAAUAUUUGUUCCUUUCUCAGAGUCGAUUCAGGUCACGGAGUUCACUAUUCGGGACGCAUAUAUGCUCAAGAUUUUUGAAGAUAACCCGGCCAAGCUUCCAAGCUGGUGCAACACGGAGACGGACAAGCUUCCCUUCUGCCAGAUCCUCGGGGAGUACAGAAUGGAGCUGCCGGAGUACAACACGAUUGAACCGUAUGCGAAAAUGAACGAGAACUGCCCGUCCUUACCCCCAACAUACAAGCGACCAUCCCGCUGCUGAUCCGGGGAUCCAUCUACACAGGCUGCUGCUAUUUACACCCCAGAAGUAGAAUGUUGUUUUAAGUUAUCGUGUAAAUAAAUGACGCUGUAUAUAUAUUGGAUAGAUGAUAGUUGUCACAAGUACGGUAGGGCAGUGCUCAGGUUUUCGCGUGUCAGGGCAGCAGUUCUGAGCCCCCGGUUGAAAUCGGCAACCAAUAUUAAGGGUAGACUUGGCCGCUUGGGUAAGAAGUUGACUGUAUAGACAGAACAUCUGAACUUUUUCCUAUGGAUAAUGUGCUUGGCUUUGUAUACCCCAUCACAGGAAUAUUUUAAUACAACUUCAGAUGUUCCUUUGGACUGCUGCUUGUGGUCCAGGGAUUAA